AUGCUUUCUAGAACUAUUUUGAGAAGAUCAAUUGUCUCUGCUCCAAGGUCGAUUGUCUCUAGAUCAAGACCAUUGCAGCAAUUUAGAUUCGUUUCCUUUUCUCAAGAGGAACAACCUCGUGUUCGUAUUGGCUCGACUGCACCAAACUUCCAAGUCGAAACUACACAAGGGCCAAUUGACUUCCAUAAGUAUAUUGGUGACAAUUGGACAAUUUUGUUCUCCCACCCAGCAGACUAUACUCCUGUCUGUACUACCGAACUUGGAGCUUUCUCCAACCUUAAACCGGAGUUUGAUAAACGUGGUGUCAAGCUCAUUGGAUUGUCUACAGAAGGUGUUGACUCUCACAAUGGAUGGAUCAAGGAUAUUGUUGAAGUUGAGACCAAUGGUAAAGAAUUUUCCUUCCCAAUCAUUGCCGAUGGUAAGAAAGAAGUUGCUUACAAAUACGAUAUGGUCACUGAAGAAGAUUUCAAGAACCUUGGAGGUGAAAAUAAGAUGAUUGCUACAAUCAGAUCGGUUUACAUCAUUGACCCAAGCAAGAAGGUUAGAUUGAUUAUGACCUACCCAGCCAGUACCGGUAGAAACACCCAGGAAGUGUUGAGAGUAAUUGAUGCCUUGCAAACCAGUGAUAAGAAGGGUGUUGCCACUCCAGUUGAUUGGACUGUUGGAAAAGAGGUUAUCAUUCCACCAACUGUUAGUGAUGAAGAUGCAAAAGCAAAAUUUGGCGACUUUAGAAAAGUCAAGCCAUACUUGAGAUACACUAAAGUUGAUUAA